UUGAACCAAACUAUAAACCCUGUAUAUAAUGGAAACCAUUUCAAGCCAGAGUGUGUGGUAGCAGUUUCAGCACCUAUGUAAGGGGUGAAACUGCUGUAUUGCCUCUCCUGAAAAGUACUUUAUAAAGCACCUGGAUUACCAAGCAGGAGAAUCCCAGCGUUGCAAACACUCACGGGUCUGUGAAAAGAGCGAAGGGAUUCCUGUAACCCCACAGCUCCAUUCAGAACCGCAAUAUCUUUGAAGAAAAAGAUACUGUCAUCUAAAUUCCUGCGGCUUGCGUCCUGGAGCAAGCUGAUUGGCUAAUGACCUCACUGAUCCUAUAUGCUGGAUCCCUGUGUGAAAUGCAUGAGCCAGACUGGCUGUGGAUGGUUAAGAGGGCAGGGAGCAUGGGGUUUUGCUCUUCGGUUUUAUUUCUAUUUGAUCGGGAAGGGAGAGGGGGGGAAGCUAAUACCCAGCUUUGCUGAUUGAAGGCAACUGACUCUGUGUUGGAGCUGGAAGAGACCUGAAAGGUCAUCGAGACAAGCCCCCUGCCUUCACUAGCAGGACCAAGUACUGAUUUUGCCCCAGAUCCUGAAGUGGCUCCCUCAAAGACUGAACUCACAACCCUGGGUUUAGUAGGCCGAUGCUCAAACCACUGAGGUAUCCCUCCCCCAAUGUCAGAUGAUGUAGUCCCUCAGCAGCAGUGUGUUUGGAAAGGGUCAUCCUAGAAUAUGAAGGUGCAAACUUCUAAAAUUCAAAAUUAUUCACUCCUGUGGGGGUUUUUUUUUUUUUUAAUUUGCAUAGAAAUGUUAGCACAUAAAUGGGAACAACAGGCAGCUAAAACCUCGCUGAUGUGACAGGAUGGGUAGCAUGGUUUCACAUCUGAUGCAGCGAGCACAGAAAAAUUUCACAAGUUCGUCACUGGUGUCUGGCUGGACUGAUUUCAGUGUGAAGUUUGGAGGUGUUUCUGCUAUUAAAAAAUAUUAGUUACAAAGACCCUGUUGAAGACGACAAUGAUGGUGGCUAGACAAGUGAACAAAAAUAAAUAAAUAAACCUCUGCACCCAUAACGUUUUCAGUGGCUGUACCUACUGCUUAUUAAGAUAGAAAAUCUAACUUGGAGCCUCUUUUAGUGGAACAGAGAUGUGACUUAACUGCUGUCUUAAAUUGCCGUAGAAAUGUUUGUUUGUUAGAAGCAAGAUGUUUGGUGCCAAAUGCUGCCCACUGUGGUAGUCAGGACACACUGCCUGGCCAAACUGGACUAAUGACUACUGGAAAAAAAUCAGAACAGUAAUUACCCAAAGGCUGGGGAGGAGUAUGUGGAAAUUCCUGAAUUCUAGUGUCUGAAAUACUGUAAACACUGGGCUACUGCAUCUAUUGUUUGUUUCUACAGCAACCAAAACAAGUUAAGUUCUUUACAUAUGAAAACAAGUGAGAUCCAUGCCCUACAGAACUUGCAAUCUAAAUACUAAUCCUAAUUAAGGGCCUCAUCUAACACCUAUCAAGCUGGAUGUUUUUGACAACAUUGAGCUUUUUCCAUUGAUGGUAAUGCAGGUGGAACUGAUGCACUGGAGCUGCAAAGAAAAGAUCUCCACCUCUCUGAAGCAAAGGCGUAUGUAAGAAAACAUCCGUUUGGAAGCGUACAGUUUAUUUCAGCUAAAGAUGGUGCAAAGGAAAAAAUCUGCUCUGCAGGUGCUGUCCUUUAAAAGCUUCUGCAUUCUUUCACGCCUAGCAAAAUGGCUUUUAAAAACAGAUGACUUGUGAAUCUGUGCACAUAGCUGACAUUACAAGGAUAUUGUACAAAAGGCCACAUGCAUUCCAACGGACAUCUCUUGUGAAAGGGAGAUUCUAUGCUUUCAAAUGAAAAGAACAUCCUAAAAACACGGAUCCUUAACCGGAACAAGUAUUAAAGGGACCGCAUCAGAAUGUUUAUUAGUGCCAGGAAAGUCAGAAAAUGCCAAUUUGUGCAGAUACUUGCCACUUGCUUUGUACUGUCUCUCAUGAUUUUCUGGACACCACUUGAUAAUCAUAUUGUGAGCCAUAUGAAGUCCUAUUCUUACAGAUACCUCAUAAAUAGCUACACCUUUGUGAAUGAUAGCCUGUCCCUUAGCAGGGAAAACCUGGACAGGGUAGCAAGAUACCGAUAUUUGAUCAACCACAAGGAAAAAUGUCAACAGCAAGAGGUCCUCCUUCUAUUGUUUGUAAAGACUUCUCCAGAAAACCGGCAUCGGCGAGAUGCAAUUCGACAAACCUGGGGUAAUGAAAAAUAUGUAUAUUCUCAUCUUCAUGCCAACAUUAAAACUGUUUUUGCUUUAGGACGACCAACAGAUCAUAUGCAGAGAGCACAGAUGCAAAGAAAACUUCUAAUGGAAGACCAGAAAUAUAAUGAUUUGAUCCAACAAGACUUCUUGGAUACUUUUCACAAUCUCACCCUUAAGUUACUUUUGCAGUUUGGAUGGGUGAAUGCAUACUGCCCACAUGCCAAGUUCAUUAUGUCUGCAGAUGAUGAUAUUUUUAUUCACAUGCCAAAUCUUGUUGCAUAUCUCCAAAGUCUAGUGGAAAUUGGCGCUCAAGAUAUCUGGAUUGGGCGUGUCCAUCGUGGAGCUCCUCCCGUGAGAGAUAAGACUAGCAAAUACUACGUUCCAUAUGAAAUGUACCAGUGGCCUUCUUAUCCUGACUACACAGCUGGAGCCGCAUAUGUAAUAUCAAGUGAUGUAGCAGCUAAAGUAUAUGAGGCUUCACAGACCCUUAAUACAAGUCUUUAUAUAGAUGAUGUUUUCAUGGGUCUCUGUGCCAAUAAAAUGGGAAUUGUACCACAAUAUCAUGUAUUCUUUUCUGGGGAAGGAAAGGCUCCAUAUCAUCCCUGCAUCUAUAACAAAAUGAUAACCUCUCAUGGACAUGUAGAAGACCUUCAUCACCUUUGGAAGCAGGCAACAGAUCCAAAAGUCAAAAGCUUUUCCUCUAGAUUUUUGGGUAGACUAUAUUGCAAAAUAAUUAACAUUAUGCUUCUUUGCAAACUACACUAUGAGGACACAUAUCCCUGUUCAGCUGCAUUUUCCUAAUACUUGAAUAUCUGCAUAGAGUUUCACUGAGCCAAAAUGGAGUGACAACUUUUUAACGGUUUAUCCAAAAUAUACAUAAAGUAAACAUGAAAAGAGGUAAGAUUUAAAAUGUGAAUAGCUUUUAGGUCCCAAAUUAUUCUGCUCAGGAACUUUAUCAGAAUAACUCUCUAUUGCUGUAUUAGUUUCCACAUACUGCACCCUGUAUUUUUUACACUCCUUUUCAAGGGAUUUAAAUCUUGAAUAGAUAUUGACUGACUUCAUUUUUUAGAUAUUGAAAAGCCUGUGAAAAGUAAUUGAACUUGGGAGUACAGAAUUUGUCAAUAACCCUUGUUAAUUGCAUUCUUCCAUUUGAAAACCAGUGUGUAAAUUAAGGCGCACAUCACUUCAAGGCAACAGCUUGCAGUUGAUGCACCACUUAAACCUCCAUAAAUAGCACUUUCCAAACAAAAGGAAAUGAUGGUUCUGGUACCAUGAGUAGAAGGGUAUGAUGGCAAUUUAAAAAAGUCUGAGUAAACUAGUCAAAUGGUCACCAUUUCUGAAUACAAUUCAGCGAAGUGACUCUUUAAAAAUCAAAAUAAGCCACAACUGGUGCUAGAGGUGAAAGCUUGCUAAAACAUUUUGUUCUCUUGAGAUUACCUAAAUCCUGCACAACAUUUGGGUGGGGGGGAAUGGCAUUCACGGUGUCCUUCUAACUGGUGCUUUCAGGUAAUACAUGAGCUCUGUUUAGAACAGGAAUUUACGGGAAGGUACAUUCAUAACUUCUGCAACACUGCUUCAACUACAGCAAUAUUUUGAAAAUGAAGUAACUUUUUUUUUAAUCUGAAAACACUUUCUGAAGUGGUAUUUUAAACAUUCCAAUCAGUCAUUGGUAAACUAAGAGCACAUGUAUCGAGGAUGGCCUUCCAGCUGUAUCUUUCAAAAAUACACUUCUGUCUCCCUAGUUGUCUUCCCUCUUGAAAAUUAAAUUAAACUUCUCCAUUAAAUAAUUCAAGGGAAGUCUGUCAUAACAUAGUUAAUUCAGAUUAUUCAAAAAGUUGAAGCCAAAUUUAUCCAAACUUGAGCACUAACAGAAAGAUGUGAGGAGCUGAAAGUAAGGGUAGACUGCACAAAGAAGGGAUAAGGUGAAAAUAUUGACAGUAACAUGUAAAGAUGCAACAUUUAUUAAGAGAUUACAAAGAAUCCACUAAAUUGUCCUCUCUUAAUCUAAUUGGUUUCAAGCCAAUCUUUGUCUUAUGGCCCUGGGAAGAAGUCAGUGUCAAAAUAGAAAAUCUGUAUCUUCAACCAAAUCUAUUUCAUAUGUUACUCUUGCCUCUUUAACAUGAGCAAAUAGCUUAACCUGCCGUUUGCAAAGGCUAGAAGUAGGUGCUAUUAAGACCCGGACCACCACCACCACCGCUUGUAAUCUGAUAGUUCAUAACCAGGUCCAAAACUCUAAAGUCCAGUUCUGGGAGAAGGACUCCACACUCUUAUUAGUCUUGUUGUAACAAUGUUUCUGUGUACUUUGUGGACAGGUAUUUGUUAGUAACUCUAGUAGCCAAAGCCAUGGUAGCUGCUUGGAUACUGGUAGAUGUGGAUGCAAGUGGUGUUUGUCUCAUUUUGAGAGCUGUUUGACAUUGGUAUGAGUUCCAGUGUGAACAGGGUCAUAAAAUCACUUCAGAAUGCUUGAAUUCAAAUCUUCACCCAGUGGCAUAGCAGUAGAAAUGCAAAACAAAGGCUGGAAAUGACAAGGAGUCUGUCACUUAGUGGAGCUUUGUCAUGUUCUAGGAGGUGGGCUCUUCAGCUCCAAGAGAGGUGCUAUUUGCUUUCUAAGAGAAUAUCCACAGUAGCCUUUUUCCCGAAAUUUCCCAGCACCAACACCACCACUGCUGUAGAUGACCAUGUGGGAGCACUAAAGUAGACCAGUCACCGUAUUUAACUCUAACUUUGCUCAGGCAGCUGCGUGUACCUUCUUGUUUAAGCUAGUGCUUCCUCUAUUGCAACCAUCUGUAGGGCUGCAUCAGUGGUAGUACGCAGGCAUCUUAGGAGAAAAAAGGCUAGUGUCAACAAGAUCCAUGAGAGAACUCUCAGCUGGUUAUUGGGGCAUGAUUGAUAUUUGCCUCUCUGCAAGCCACUCUUCCAGCUGGGAUAAGAGCUUGAUAUCUACUAGAAUGAGUAAUCAUACAGAUUAGGUGUUUCUCCGGAGUGAAGGUGUAAGGAAACCACUGGACUGAGCACAGUUGGAUCCAGGUGUUGACUACACAGAGAAACCUACGAAGCGAGACUUAGUCCAUUACCACAAUGCAAAAGUGAUGGCUGAAAAAUGAGAAAAUUAUCCCAUCCUACUGGAUAAUGUUAUAUAAUUCUGCAGCUCUAAAAUGUUUACAGCAAAACAAAUCCAGUUAAUCCAUGCUCUUUAAUUAGAAAAGAGGUUGAUUUACACUACUCAAAACUAGCUUUGUUUAACCAGUGUUGAAUUUAUAAUGGCAAAAUAACUAAAAUAUUACAAGUUAUAGAUCUAAAUUCCUGAGAAAUCUAAAAAUACAUUGCACUGUGGAAAUACUUUUAUAACUGGCGGAAAUUUUUUUGAUUGCACUAGCCACUUUGAAUUGAAAAUAACCUGUGGCAGAAAUGACAUAAUAGAAAUCCUAGCUAGUAUAAAAUAGUUAAAAUGCAGUAUGCUUUUAGAUGUAUACAAUUAAGGCCGUGAUCCCGCAAGCAAAUGUAGUGAUUAACUUGACUCACAUGAGUCAAGUUAAGCAUAUACUUACAUGUUUGUAGGAUUGGGGCAUAAGUUAGCAUCUAUAACUUGUAAUUUUAUUUAAAAACUUAAUUUGCCAUUGGGUGAAAAGAUCCAAUGUCCCUCUUGACCAUUGAAAUGCUUUUGUUUACAGGAGGUCUGUUUUGUUAGGAAUAUUCCUUAUCUUAAAAAGGACUUUGAUGUUUGUAAUUUGGCUUUUUAUUAUGAUUUUUUGCUGCAGUUUAAGAGAAAGGGUUUAUAAAUUUGAAGAAAAUAUGAUAGCACUCCUUCCAAAGAAUGGAGAAGCUAGAAAAUUUCUUAACCUUUUGGCUCUAAACAUUGACUUAAAAUUCGUACUCCUUCCUUUAGUUUUGUUUUGAGAGAGAGAGGUAUGUCGGUGCUCCAAUGCAGGGCUUUCAUGUUUUAUUUUCACAAUUAAAACAUGCACCAGCCUGAAUGGUCACUUCUCAAUUAGCAUUUUUGACAUUGUUGCACAAAAUGUUUAAUGCUGAAAUUGUUUUUACCUGUUUGUUGGUUUGCAUCAAGUUUCCUUUAAUAUUACUAAUUUUUAUACAAAAUUAAAUAUUUAUUCUUGAAACCUUUUGCUCUAUCACAAAAGACAAUUGUUUUGUAAAACUUUUCUGUUUUGAAUAAACAGGGUUUGUGUAUAUA